UAGAAACAUGUAACAUGCGUAUUUAAUAAAUCAUGUUUUCGUUUAAAACUACAGAGGAGUCAUAAUUUACUACCUGUUCGGGAACAUUUUAAGCAGGGGUGCUUGUUCCAUGACAAACAAAAAAAUGAACUGCUGAAUGGUGCAAUAUCUUAUCGACUUGCGCAACAAAUGUUACUAUCUUUUUUUCAUAUAAAAACGCAGAUUUUAGUUUUUUAGUUAAUUGUUCAAUGUGGUGAUAAGUGUUUGCGCUGCAAACCGAUAGGUGUUAUUUUAAGAAAGUGAAGGAAGCUCGGUAGAAAUUUAAUUUCAUAAUAUUUAGAGAUACCUAUAUAAAAAUAUUUAAUAGUGAUUUAAAAUGGGUCUUUUAACAGAAGGUAGCCCCCUUUCUUGGGAGGAAACAAAAAAAUUGGCCUCACAUGUUAGAGAACAUGGAAUUUCACAGUUUAUAAAUUUAUAUAAACGGCUUCGAGAUAGACAAGGGGAUGUACUUAAAUGGGGUGAUGAAGUUGAGUAUAUUAUUGUUAAAUUCUUCGACGACAAAAAGGAAGCAAAAGUAAGUUUAAGAGCACAGGAAAUUUUAUCUGUACUUAAUGAGAGAGAGCUUGCCGAUCCAAAUGGAGUGAAAUCAUUGUGGAGACCAGAGUAUGGAGCAUAUAUGAUCGAAGGGACCCCAGGAAAGCCUUAUGGAGGUUUGUUAGCACAUUUUAAUAUUGUAGAAGCGAAUAUGAAGCAUAGGAGAGAAGAAGCCAGUCAGUUACUAAAACCGGAUGAAGUUAUUAUGAGUUUAACCAGUUUCCCAAGAUUAGGUUCUGAAAAUUUUACUGAUCCUCCUACAAAACCAACUCCUAAUGAAGGUGCUACUAGGUCACUAUUUUUCCCUGAUGAAGCUAUAUUUCCGGGCCAUCCGAGAUUUAAAACAUUGUCUAGAAAUAUCCGUCAAAGAAGAGGAGAAAAAGUGGCCAUUAAUAUACCUAUCUACAAAGAUAAAAAUACGAAAAUACCAGUCGAUGACUCUUACAAGUACAGCAAAGCUGCUCUCCCCGAUCAUGUUUAUAUGGAUGCAAUGGGUUUUGGUAUGGGAUGCUGCUGCCUACAGCUAACAUUUCAGGCUUGUAAUAUCAGCGAGGCAAGAACACUUUAUGAUCAACUGACACCGUUGUGCCCUAUUAUGCUAGCGUUUUCGGCGGCAUCGCCCCUCCAUAGAGGUUUUGUUACAGACGUGGAUUGCAGGUGGAAUAUAAUUUCCAGUUCGGUUGAUUGUAGAACAGAAGAGGAAAGAGGGCUUAAGCCAUUAAAGGAGAACAAAUUUGUUAUAAAAAAAUCCCGAUACGACUCAAUUGAUUCGUAUUUAUCAGAACAAGGCGAGAAAUACAAUAAUAUACCUUUGCUAUAUAACGAAGAAGAUUAUAAAAAAUUGAGAGAAAAUGGCAUCGAUCAUUUGUUGGCUCAGCACAUUGCACAUUUAUUUAUUAGAGACACAGUAUCGUUGUUCUCUGAAAAAGUUAAUCAAAACGAUGAGGAGGACUCAGAUCAUUUUGAGAACAUUCAGUCGACGAAUUGGCAGACAAUGAGGUUUAAGCCUCCACCACCGAAUUCAACGAUCGGAUGGAGAGUUGAAUUCAGGCCUUGUGAAGUACAACUGACGGAUUUUGAAAAUGCUGCAAUAGUUUGUUUCGUAGUACUGCUGACUCGGGUGAUUUUAUCUUAUCAGCUGAAUUUCUUAAUACCAAUUAGCGAGGUUGAUGAAAACAUGCAAAAGGCUCAAAAAAGAAAUGCUGCAAGGGAAGAAAAAUUCUGGUUUAGAAAGGAUAUUACAACUCACAUUAGCCCUCCUGAGGCCAAUGAAUGUUGCAAAAAGGGAACAAUGAAUUGUGAACCCAAAGACUGUGAUAUGUUUGGACUUAUGACCAUAAAUGAAAUCAUCAAUGGAAAGGAAGGUGAAUUUCCUGGACUUAUUCCACUUAUAAACAGUUACUUAAGCGGCAUGGAUGUUGAUGCAGAUACACACUGUACCAUACAACAGUAUCUUAAAUUUAUACAACGCCGGGCAUCGGGAGAAAUUCUUACCACUGCAUCUUGGAUAAGAAACUUUGUCACAAAACAUCCAGAAUAUAAGCAGGAUUCAAAAGUCACAGAGCGAAUAAACUAUGAUCUUCUGAAGACAAUCAAAGACAUUCAACAAGGCAACAAAUCUUGUCCGGAACUGCUAGGAUACAGCACAAUGUCCAAGACAAAGGAAAAUAUACCUAAUGCUUUGUUUAAAGAUUGUUGAUAGUGAUGUUUUGAUUUUUUAAAUAAUUUUAAGAGUUACUGGAGGUUUGAAAUUGUCUUUUAGAGUUUUUUUAAUUUUAUAGAUUUUAAUAGAAUAGAUUAUUUCAGUAUUCAUUGAGAAAGCAUUUAAUUGUUUACAUUUUACAUACACAUAUACAAAUGCUUAGCAGUUUUUGUAAAAAACUGUG